GAGUAGGCUGUGCAGUGUAGUGUAGGCAGUAGGGCCAAUAUAAUAAGAGGGAAUGAACGGGAUUCUGAAAAAGGGCGGAAAAUCAAAACAUGGCAAUUCGUUCACUGCUCGGAGCUCUACGUAAUCGAUUAAUCCUUGCUUCCUGCUCUCGAUCUCGAUCUCUCAGCACAUUGGUUUUGGCCGAGCAUGAAGCAGGCUGUGUUAAGGCUUCAUCGUUGAGUGCGGUGGAGGCUGCAAAAUAUUUGGGCGAGGAUAAUUCUGUAUCUUUGUUGCUCGCGGGAUCAGGCCCUUCCGUACAAGAAGCUGCUAAUCACGCUGCUUCUUGUCAUCCUUCAAUUUCUCGGGUGCUUCUUGCUGAUUCAGAUAAAUUUACACAUCCUCUGGCUGAAGCAUGGGCCAAACUAGUGCACAUGGUGCAACAAAAUGGCAGCUACUCGCACAUAAUUUCCGGAUCAGGUUCCUUUGGGAAAAACAUUCUCCCUCGUGCAGCUGCCCUUUUAGAUGUUUCUCCUAUAACUGAUGUCAUUGAGAUCACUGGAUCUAAUCUUUUUAUCAGGCCAAUAUAUGCUGGUAAUGCUCUUAGUACAGUCCGUUACACUGGUUCAUACCCUUGCAUGUUGACCAUUAGGUCUACCUCAUUUCCGUUGGGGCAAGCAACAACUCAACUGAAGCCUACUGCUGCAUCGAUUGAUAUGGUUGAUGUUUCAAAUUUUGGUGAAGGUGAGUUGGUCAUAAUAUGGUAUCAGAGAGAUGAGUUCCUGUGUUCCAAUUCCAGCCAACACCGGAUUCUAGCCCCGGUGGUCUUCUCUGACUCUACCUACGAUAACAAUGCAUUGGGUAAAUCGAAGUACAUAACUCAGUCUUCCCAAGACACAGAACGCCCAGAUCUUGGAAGCGCACGUGUUGUGGUUACUGGAGGACGAGCAUUAAAAAGUGCAGAAAAUUUCAAGAUGAUAGAGAAGCUUGCUGAGAAACUUGGCGCCGCAGUUGGAGCCACUCGGGCUGCUGUUGAUGCUGGAUAUGUACCAAAUGACCUACAGGUUGGCCAAACUGGAAAAAUUGUUGCCCCUGAACUAUACAUGGCAUUUGGUGUUUCUGGCGCUAUUCAACACCUAGCAGGAAUAAGAGAUUCUAAGGUCAUUGUUGCUGUAAAUAAAGAUGCAGACGCACCAAUUUUUCAGGUUGCUGACUAUGGGCUUGUGGGAGACCUUUUUGAGAUCAUACCAGAACUGUUACAGAAACUCCCUGAUAAGAAGUAGAUGGAUGGUUUCUUUUCUAUUACUCGAAAUUCUGGGAACAUUAAAGUUAAAUAAUUUAAUUACUGCAAAUAAGUCAUUAUAACCAAUAUUCUUUCAUAGUUGACCUCGCUUAAUUGAUGUGUCUACAAAUGUGACUCAUGAUGAUGGCCAAUUUAUUCAAAUAUAUGGAUUCACCAAGUGUAUGACUAUGAUCCAUAAGGUUGUCAACUGCCUUUUUCUACAAUUUUAUGUGGUCAAGGUGUUCUUGUAUGUAUUGAGAUAUAAAUAAUGAUUUAGUAUUUCUCCCUAUAAAACAAGUGUUGAAUAACAUUUUAGGAUGGAUUAGAGGAUCCAAAUUCAUUGAACUUAAGAAUAAGGUGACCACCUUAUUAUAAUUCUUUAGAAUUACUUAAUUAAUUGAUAUUCAUGUUAAUCCAACUAAAUAAACAAUUACCUGCUAAUAAAAAUGCCUAUGCAGCUGUUUGUAGUUGUUGGAGUAGGACUAGACUACUUAAUGAGCAAAGAAAACCAAUAUUUAAGUGAAGAAUUAGGUGGAACAAUGUGCUGCAACAGAACCUAUUUUCAUGUCCAGAGACACCAUAACACACACACACACAUAUGUAUAUACAGAAGGUAUAUAUAUGUGUGUGUAUCUGUGGAAAAACUGAAAAGCAAUGGCUGCAAGUAUAUACAAAAUUAUAAUAAAGUCAGCCAGGAAGAAGCUUUGUAUGUCAACUUUGAUCUGAUCAGCAAAUGAUCAAGGUCAAACAGGUUUUUUUUUUUAUUUAUUAUUAUUCUUUUAUUAUUUAUAAGAGAAAAGAAGAAUAAGGGUGGGUCUAGUUUCAACAGAGUUAAUGGGUGGGCACAUUCAUAUAUGCUCACUCCCUCAGUCACAAUUUGUCCCUAUCACCAUUAGCUUUGUAAUAAUUUAAUCAAGAUCACUCUCAUAUCUCACAUCACAGUCAUCAACAUAGAUAGUAGAUAAAUAGAUAGAAAGAUAGAUAGCUGUUGUGCAAUUGCAUCAUGCAU